AUGCACCAAUGUUCGCUCUUCAUACUCGUCCUCCUAUGCGUCUCCGUCAAAGAUAUAUCCGGUAGCUGGGAAGAAUGGUGGACGUACGACGGUAUAUCUGGUCCAGGAUUCUGGGGUCUGAUAAACCCGCAAUGGAGUAUGUGCAACAAAGGUCGGCGACAAUCCCCUGUCAAUAUAGAACCAGACAAAUUGCUGUUCGACCCCUGGCUGAGGGACAUACAGUUUGAUAAACACAAGGUCAGCGGGGUUCUGCAAAACACAGGACAGUCCCUGGUCUUCCGAGUGGAGAAGGAUUCGAAGCACCAGGUGAACAUCAGUGGAGGACCCCUCUCCUACCGCUACCAGUUCGAGGAGAUUUACUUCCAUUAUGGAAUGGAAGACAACCGAGGUUCUGAACACCAGAUUGACCACCACACCUUCCCUGGAGAAAUUCAACUGUAUGGCUUCAAUAAAGAACUUUACCACAACAUGUCAGAAGCACAGCAUAAGUCUCAAGGAAUUGUCGGCAUUUCUCUAAUGGUACAGGUUGGCGAGCCCAUCAACACAGAUUUUAGAUUGGUUACCAGUGCUUUCAAUAAAGUUACUUAUCGAGGUGCCUCAUUCCCUAUUAAACAUCUUCCGCUAAGUUCCCUGCUACCCAACACACAGCAGUACCUGACUUACGAAGGCUCUACGACACACCCCGGGUGCUGGGAGACGGCUGUCUGGAUAAUCUUCAAUAAACCUAUUUAUAUUUCUAAACAAGAGAUGUAUGCCCUCCGUCAGCUGAUGCAAGGAUCGCAGUUGACUCCUAAAGCACCGCUGGGCAACAACGCCCGUCCAGUGCAGCCACUACACCAUCGCACGGUCAGGACCAACAUCAACUUCAACAAACAAGGAUUGCAGGGUUCAAGCAAUUGUCCAGAUAUGUACCGAAAUAUGCACUAUACAGAAGGAUCAGAGACCCUAUUGUCCGUUCCUAGUGAAACAAUUGCCAAUGGUACUACAUCGACUAGUACUACGACAUCAGCAAGUUUAACUAGCGUAACUAGCAAGGGCAACGACCUUAGCAACCCAAUGGCCGAAGGAGCACAGCUUGCGGUACCGAAGCGUUGA